GGAUAAGAGCACGUGGUCUACGUCACACAUCAGCACCUCGGACAGCAGCCUGCCUACCGUGGAUGGAGCUCAUCUUCUCAGCUGCAGGAGGAUGUUUUUACUGGAAAACUGCGAUCUGAAGAAGUUUGAGGGGUUAUUUUUUAAAUGGCGCGCCUGAAAACCAACUGAAAAUCACCCUGAAGACCUGGACAUGUCGCUGCAGUCUGCCAUGUGAAGUGACAUUUUAUUGUCUUACCUUCUGAUUCACAAAGGCCUUGAUUUAUUUCGGUAAACAUUGAAUGAUGAUGUGCGGUUGUUUUCUAACAACCCUGGAGGGACGGUUGCAGUCCACGGUCUGUUUGCAGGAAUCCAUAUCUGACACCCUCUCCAUCUGCCUGAUUUGUGGCGCAGAGAACUGUGAGUGCAAGUUGUCGUGAAAUGGAUUCUUAUGGUUCAUCAGAUGUUCUUUUUUAGUAUACAUUUAUAACAUGUAACGCUGCUGGAUUGUAACUGUUUAACCGGGUGGUCGGACCGGCUUUAGGAGGAAAUGCGUUGGAUGAAACCCGCUUGAUCUAAAAAAGAAGGAAAAAGGCUACAGCGAAGAAGAAGAGACAAGAGGAAAUAGUGGUGAAUUAAAAGAUGCGACUGCGAGACACCAAAUGAUGCACGCGUGUCACCUCGUUCAUAAUUUCAUUCCCCCUGUAGGUAGAUUAAACCCAAAUAUAAUUCGGCUUGGAUAAUUGUUAAUAUAAUUUAGGAUCAAGUAUUAGCCCCCUCACACACGAUCGCUGUUUUUCCACCUGAAGAAGAAUAGACACCAAGCUUUUGUCCUCUGCUGAUUUAAAAACACGCUGGGAUAGCCUAUACAACCGGAAGGAAAAUGUAGACAAGGCAAGAUGAUAUGAGGUUGGACCGUUCUGACUUUAAUGUGGGUGCUUCACAGGUCGUGGCUUCCAACCUCUAUUGGCUCUAUCCAUGAGAAAUAAUGCCUCCCUAUUGGCUGGAUUGCUGUGCACAUGCUAUAACAACAGGAUAUGCAAAAAGCUAUGGGCUGAUCUAAUAGCCUAUGUUUCCCGCAUGCUUUUUUUGACCGAAAUCUGUAUUUUCUUUCAUUGGAUGUCAACUGCCUACUUGAAUCAAAUGGUUUGGAUUCCAUAAUAAUAAUAAUAAUAAUAAUAAUAAUAAUAAUAAUAAUAAUAAUAAUAAUAAUAAUAGCAUUCAUAAUAAUGAUUAAUGGACCUGCCACAGUCAAGCUGAAGGCUGUUUUCUCUCACAAAGCAGUUGUGCCUGUGUAGUAAAGCUGCCGAAGAAUGUUUAAGUAUCGGAUCCGUUUGUUUUUCAAUGAACUCAGAGUGUUGUUACUGAUGCGCUCUGGAUCAAGCAGGAGGACUGACACGGGCAGAGACCCGGACACGCAGACCAGGAUGCGAGGACUCGCUAUAGGAGGCUGUGGUUGGCCGCCGUUGAACUGCGCUCACCGGGACGAUGAGGAGGAAUAUUAUGGCUCUGACUCCCGGCCACGCAGCCUGGCAUUGGAGGACACAGAAGAAGAGAAAACCGAGGGAGGAGGCCUGGACGCCGCUUCCAUCCCGAGUCUGUCAGAAAGCGGGAUGCGAUCACCGCAGUGCCGGAUCUGCUUCCAGGGGCCUGAGAAGGGGGAGUUGUUGAGCCCUUGUCGUUGUGCUGGCUCUGUGCGCUGCACUCACCAGUCCUGCCUUAUCCGCUGGAUCAGUGAGAGAGGCUCCUGGAGCUGUGAGAUCUGCUACUUUAAGUACCAGGUUCUGGCCAUCAGCACCAAAAACCCACUGCAGUGGCAGGCCAUCUCUCUGACUGUGAUUGAGAAGGUGCAGAUUGCAGCCAUUAUCCUGGGCUCUAUGUUCCUGAUCGCAAGUAUCUCCUGGUUGGUGUGGUCCUCUCUCAGCCCUUCAGCCAAAUGGCAGCGGCAGGACCUUCUCUUCCAGAUAUGUUACGGCAUGUACGGCUUCAUGGAUAUAGUUUGUAUAGGCCUUAUAAUCCAUGAAGGAUCGUCUGUUUACCGGAUCUUUAAGCGCUGGCAAGCGGUGAACCAGCAGUGGAAAGUACUGAAUUAUGAGAAAGCAAAGGACCUAGGUGACCCGAUCAGUUCCAGCAUUAAAGGUCAUGUUGAGAGGAACUCAGACAGCGGAAGGACGGCAAGUCAACCUGUCAGGACUAUUCUUAACCACCACUGUGGCUAUACCAUUUUGCACAUCCUCAGCCAGUUAAGACCCAACAGCCUGCGCAGAGCCAACCAUGAGGUGGUCAUGAGGGUGACCACUGUAUGAGGCUGGCUCAUACAGGCAAAGUGGCACGACGUUUAAGGAGGAGAUCCAAGUGUUGAUUGGGAUUUUAUUAAAGAAUCCUGAUCUGCCACAUUAACACUGCCCGUUAACUUCUAGGCUCACAUUUUGCUUGCAGAAUCAGAGCUCAAGAAAUAUAUCUCCGAUUAAGGCAAAGGGAGAACGUUGUAGUUUUAUCCGAGUUUUUAAACUGCAAAAGUAAGACUAAUGAGAAAAAAAUUAUACAUUUAAAAAC